GCGCUUCCGCUGCGCGAGGCCGCUCGGGGUCGCUCGCGGGAGCCCUGCGCGGUCGGGAAUCCAGCGGGCCGCGCGGCCAGAUGAAGGGCGCGAUGGAGCCGGAGCCCGAGGUGCUGCUUCAGGAAGCUCGCGAAAACGUGGAGGCGGCGCAGAGCUACCGGCGGGAGCUGGGCCAGCGGCUGCAGGGGCUCCGGGAGGCGCAGAGGCAGAUAAAGGAGAGUGCUUCACAGACAAGAGAUGCCCUCAAACAGCAUUUUAGUGAUUUAAAAGGAACCCUUGGGAAGCUAUUGGAUGAACGAUUGGUGACCCUUUUGCAAGAGGUGGAUACCAUUGAACAGGAGACCAUCAAACCACUAGAUGACUGCCAGAAGCUUAUAGAGCAUGGGGUCAACACUGCAGAUGACCUGGUCCGAGAAGGUGAGAUUGCCAUUCUUGGUGGUAUUGAGAAGCAGAACGAUAAGCUGUGGAACUUUACCAAAAAGGCCUCACAUAUUCAGUUGGACAGCUUACCAGAAGUGCCUUUGCUAGUUGAUGUACCCUGUUUGUCGGCCCAGUUGGAUGAUUCCAUUCUUAACAUAGUGAAAGACCACAUUUUUAAGCAUGGAACGGUAGCUUCCCGCCCACCAGUACAGAUUGAAGAAUUAAUAGAGAAACCUGGAGGCAUCAUAGUGCGAUGGUGUAAGGUGGAUGAUGACUUUACUGCCCAAGAUUACAGGCUUCAGUUCCGCAAGUGUACUGCAAAUCAUUUUGAAGACGUGUAUGUAGGUUCUGAAACAGAGUUCAUAGUGUUGCACAUAGACCCCAAUGUUGAUUAUCAGUUCAGAGUCUGCGCCCGAGGGGACGGCCGGCAGGAGUGGAGUCCUUGGAGUGUUCCCCAGACAGGUCACUCCACACUGGUGCCUCAUGAGUGGACAACUGGCUUUGAGGGCUACAGUCUGAGCAGUCGAAGGAAUAUAGCCCUCCGGAAUGAUGCUGAGUCCUCGGGCGUUCUCUACUCCAGUGCUCCAACCUACUUCUGUGGGCAGACGCUGACAUUCAGAGUUGAAACUGUGGGACAGCCAGACCGAAGAGACAGUAUAGGAGUGUGUGCAGAAAAGCAGAAGGGCUAUGAAUCUCUGCAGCGGGACCAAGCUGUGUGCAUCAGCACCAACGGUGCAGUCUUUGUCAAUGGAAAGGAAAUGACCAAUCAGUUGCCUGCAGUUACCUCUGGCUCCACUGUCACCUUUGACAUCGAAGCUGUGACUCUGGGAACUUCUAACAGCCACGAAGGCGGGGACGUCAAGCUCCGCGUGACCAUCAGCUCUGGGGACAGGGAGGUGGUGUUCGACUGGCUGCUCGAGCAGGCCCGCGCCUCUCUUUACUUUGGAUGCUCAUUUUCCUACCCUGGCUGGAAAGUGCUGGUAUUCUAGCCUUUGAAGGGCUUGGCUCUGGUGUGGGGUUUGCUGUUUCUGUCCUCAGUUUAGUUGUCUCUGUCUUUGGAAAGGUGAGCCUACCUCUGUCCACCAGGAAUGGAAAGUGUUGCUGGGUUCACCUUGUAAGAUUUCAGUAAGAAGUGCGCUGAACAGAGUGGACAGAACCGUACAUAGCUCAGUUCUGUUUUUAGUACAAAUAUCAAACUAGCUUUAAAAGUCUGCAUACUUUUUUCCACUGUUCUUCCUAAAGUUGGUUGUUAGGACAGAAAAUGUCACAUUAGUAAAUCUUCAGCAAGAUUUCAGGCCAGGAGUAAAGGACAAAAGGCGACAGGGAGAAGCCAGGUUCCUCAGGGCUUGUCCAGUCCUGGUGUUUGCUGUUGUCCACUCCCACCCGUGAGCCUGCGGGCUUCGCUCCUGUGCUCACAGACUCUGGGUCUGAGGUGCGCAGUUACAGUGUCAGAGCUGAGCGAGCGACUGUGAUGGCCGUGUGACACGAGAGGACAGCAAGUCUGCAGUCCUCCAGCUGGAUCCGCUUUGGGAAGAACAUAGCAGUGUUAGCAGGUCCCAUGUGCAGGGCUUGCCCCUGGUGCACCCUGCCUCAGCCGUGCACAUGCCCAUGCCCAGUGUUGCAGUCAGGGUCAUGUCAGCUUGAGAACUGGUCUUUUAGUGGACCAAAGAAAUAAAGGAUAAAUACUUGACCUAUUUUUUUUAAAACUUAAAUUUCUGUAAAAUAUUUAUUUGACUUACUUAAUAUGUAAAAAAUCAUGGUCUUGUUAUACCAGCGUACAGAUAAUUUUUAAUGUGAAUUUUUGUUUGUUUUUACCAGUAGUAAAAAAAAAGUGGAAAAGCAAGUGUGAUAUUUUUGUAAGAUAAUUUAUUUGGGGACCGUGUUCCCUUUCGACAAUCAUGGCCUUUCCUCCCAUCCGUGUAUGUCCUUUUCACGUUACAUGGAGGCUCUAGGGUGGAGGCGCCUUCCCCAGCCCUUUGAAAUAAAAUAAAAAAUGAAAAGUUCA